AAUGAGUAUGCCUUAUCAACAGACAGGAAACCAAAUAGAUUAUUAAGAAAUCAAGUAAACUAAGGCUGAUUUAAAGGCAGAAGUGCACUUCAUAGGAUAAAUUGUGGGUGGUCUUGAUUUUCAAACUGAUGAUGGAUUAUUUUGUGAAUUGGCUAUAGAUUGUGGAGAUGGAUGGGACUUAUUGCAACCAGGAAACAAUAAAGGAAUUCAAACUCAAACAAGUUAUGCAAAUGUAAGAAAUAUCAAUUAUAUCGAUUUAUUAGCCAGGAUAGCUUUUCUCGUGGGGUCACCCAUUUGAUUUGCACUUCUCUGUAUCAAACAUAAGUGGAUGGCCGAAAGCUUUAUUAAAAGUAUGGAGAUUGGACUCAUCUAAUAAAAUAGAUGCUUGUAGUUAUGGUACUGCAUUAUUUCCAAGAAGUGCUGGUUAUCAUUAGAUUACAUGGUAUCAAUAGUAUUUAUUUAGUGAAACAUGGACUCCAACUGGAGAGAAUUUAGAUCUUGAAGUUAGAAAACCUAAUGAAGAUUUAGCAACUAAUACAGAUUAAUUCUCAAAAUUUGAUAGAUCCUUAGAUUGGAGAUUUUAGGCCUUGUCCUUUUACAUGGAAAAUCCACCUAGACUGACCACAUUGGCACCAUUAACAACUGACAAAGGGGAUUUCGCAAGAAGAAAGAUUUUGAAUAGCAUAUCAAACGGAAAAGUCAUAAUUGAAGUGGAGGUGGUAAUGAAGAACUUUAAAAGACUGAGCUUUUCAGGAUAAUGA